GGCUGCGUUAAGUGUCACCGAGCUUCGGGGAGGGAGCCGAGGUGUGCCCGGCUGCGCGUGGAUUUUGGAGGUAUGGCACUGGAGAAAGAGGAGAGCAAAUCAUCAGAGGCUUGAGAAAGCAGAUGGUCGCUGGUCCUGCCAUGCCACACAAGUGCCAGCGUUGACGUGAGAGAGCGGCGGGUGCCGGUACUGGGUGGAAGCCACCUCCCCUGGCAGCAGCAGAGGCUCAGCUUCAGACCGUAGCACUGCAAAGGAGAAACUCAGACAACUUUUCUCAAUGACUCUAUAGCCAACUAAUGUAACAAUGGUACUAAUAUUGGGACGCAGACUGAAUAGAGAGGAUAGUGGGAUACGAGAUUCCCCUGCAACCAAGCGGAAGGUUUUUGAAAUGGACCCAAAAUCGUUGUCAGGCCCUGAGUUUUUUGACUUCUCCUCGGGAUCAUCACAUGCUGAAAGCAUUCUCCAGAUCUUCAAUGAAUUCCGAGACAGCCGGUUGUUCACAGAUGUCAUUAUCUGUGUGGAAGGACGGGAGUUUCCCUGCCAUCGGGCGGUUCUCUCAGCCUGCAGCAGCUACUUCAGAGCUAUGUUUUGCAAUGAUCAUAGAGAAAGCAGGGAGAUGUUGGUGGAGAUCAAUGGCAUUUUAGCUGAAGCUAUGGAUUGCUUUUUACAGUAUGUGUACACUGGCAAGGUGAAAAUUACCACAGAGAAUGUGCAGUAUCUCUUUGAAACGUCAAGCCUCUUUCAGAUUAGUGUUUUACGUGAUGCCUGUGCCAAGUUCCUGGAGGAGCAGCUGGAUCCCUGUAACUGCCUGGGAAUCCAGCGCUUUGCAGAUACGCACUCUCUCAAGACACUGUUCACCAAGUGCAGGAAUUUUGCGCUGCAGACAUUUGAAGACGUGUCCCAGCAUGAAGAGUUCCUUGAACUGGGGAAAGAUGAGCUUAUUGAUUACAUUUGCAGUGAUGAACUGGUGAUCACUAAGGAAGAGAUGGUGUUUGAAGCUGUCAUGCGCUGGGUGUACCGGGCAGUUGAGUUGCGAAGACCAGUGUUGCAUGAGCUUCUGACACACGUCAGGCUCCCAUUGCUACACCCAAACUACUUUGUUCAGACUGUAGAGGUGGACCAGCUGAUUCAGAACUCACCUGAGUGCUAUCAGCUGCUGCAUGAAGCCAGGCGGUACCAUAUCCUUGGAAAUGAGAUGAUGUCUCCCAGGACUAGGCCACGCAGAUCAACUGGUUAUUCAGAGGUGAUAGUUGUUGUUGGAGGCUGUGAACGAGUUGGAGGGUUUAACCUGCCAUAUACCGAGUGCUACGAUCCUGUAACAGGAGAGUGGAAGUCACUGGCUAAACUUCCAGAGUUUACCAAGUCUGAGUAUGCAGUGUGUGCUCUACGGAACGAUAUUCUUGUUUCAGGUGGAAGAAUCAAUAGUCGGGAUGUUUGGAUUUAUAACUCUCAGCUUAACAUUUGGAUCAGAGUUGCCUCCUUAAAUAAAGGCAGAUGGCGUCAUAAAAUGGCUGUGCUUCUUGGUAAAGUAUAUGUUGUUGGAGGAUAUGAUGGGCAAAACCGCCUCAGCAGCGUGGAGUGUUACGAUUCAUUUUCCAAUCGAUGGACAGAGGUGGCUCCCCUUAAAGAAGCUGUGAGCUCUCCAGCAGUCACCAGCUGCGUUGGCAAACUGUUUGUGAUCGGGGGUGGUCCUGAUGACAACACGUGCUCUGACAAGGUUCAGUCUUACGAUCCUGAUACUAAUUCUUGGUUGCUCCGUGCAACUAUCCCUAUUGCGAAAAGGUGCAUUACAGCUGUGUCUCUAAACAAUCUGAUCUAUGUUGCUGGUGGCCUUACCAAGGCAAUAUACUGCUAUGAUCCGGUUGAGGACUACUGGAUACAUGUUCAGAAUACAUUCAGCAGACAGGAGAAUUGUGGCAUGUCUGUGUGUAAUGGAAAAAUCUAUAUCCUUGGUGGAAGACGAGAAAAUGGUGAAGCCACAGACACUAUUCUUUGCUAUGAUCCUGCAACAGGCAUUAUCACAGGAGUAGCAGCUAUGCCCAGGCCAGUAUCAUAUCACGGCUGUGUGACGAUCCAUAGAUAUAAUGAAAAAGGCUUUAAACUGUAAUUAUUUUUUUCUUGGGGGGGAGGAGGAAAUGGCAGGAUUGAAUCCAGUGGUCUGCUGCAAGGUAGGCUUCUAAAUCCUGAAGUGCGAAAAUGCCCUUUCCUUACCUAUGUGUUAUGAAAAUUGUAUCCUGUGCCUUUAAAAAAAAAAAAAAAAGCAGGGGGUUAAUUUAAAUUAAAAACAAAACUAGUCUACAAAUCUGUGUAGUUACUAGGGUAUGUUGUACUAGGAAUCAGAAAGGUUGCCCUAUGUGUGUUAUGUAGUUAAAAUCAUGGAAGCUUUGUGGGGAGUGCCUUCACAAGUACUAGUGCCUGUGUCCUAAGAAGUGAUACCUACAAGGUUUCAGGUUCUGCUAAUUGAAAAAAUAUGUAGCAAAUUUCAAAGAAGCAUCUAGUAAUAAUUACAGUUAAGAAAAAGCUUGUCUAAUUACAAUACAUAUGCAAAGUAUUCUUACAAGGAGAUUAUUUGGCUUAACCAAAUAGAUUUUAUUUAAGAUCAUGCAUGAUUUGGGAUUUAAAAAAAAAAAGGGGGGGGGAGGCAGUGGCAUGAUUUAAGCUACAUAGGACAAAUAUUAGAAUACUUGAGAAAUGUUUUUCUCUGAAAGAGAACAGUGACAUCUUGGUGGUUUUGUGAGCCCCCGCAACAUACAGUGCUGAUUGCAUACCUUAACACUAUGGACCUUAUUCAUAGUGUUACUAAAUGCUUGUCAGAAGUACAAGGCUACAUGACAUGGAAAACUAGUGACUACUGGGGUGCAGGUAUGCAUCUGUGAAGCAGAUUUGGAAUUCCGGUUUUUAACUUCCUGAAUAAUAUGACUGAAGCCUGAAAGUUGCUGGGUGUGUUCUCUGCUCAAUGUGAAGCAUCUCUAAACUACUCAAGGAAUAAAGGAAAAAACUCUGAAUUCUACCACUUUUCUGAACUGCAUUAUAAAUUACCUGGUAGAAGAGGUAGGAACUCAGGUUGUACCCUACAGCAUACAAACUGGUCUUCCAGAUCCGUCAUCUGCAGAGAUGGUGGAGUUACUCACAAAGUAUUUUUUGGCCUUUCUUCAGACAAUCACUCUAGCUCAAUUCGACUACUGUGUAAGCUGCUUGGCCACAAAUGGAAGAGGUUCUGGAAAGGUCCCUUAUGUCAUUAGAAAAAGAGCUGUGGAGCUGACCACGUAGCCAUAUGAGGGUAACUCCCACACAACAUGUUUGGCUAAUUUUGAAGCCUAGAAAGUGCCUAUAUUUCAACCCAUAUUUUUUGUAGUAAAGGUAUUUCUUUAAUCUUUAAAGUCCUCCUUAUAUUUGUGUACUAUGUCUCAUAGUUCCAGUUAUACAACUGAGGCACGAGUUAUUGAAAACUGAAAUAGCACUUGAGAGUUGGAAAAUGUAUAGUACUUUCUAUGUACCAGUUUGCUAUUAAUCACCAAAAACCUCAGGAACUCCCUUUCAAAGGAAUUCUGAGGACAGCAGCCAGUAGGGAAAUUGGUCAGUGCCAGGGCAGCGAAAAACAUAAGGCUCCUGCGGAGGCACCCUGGCCUCAGGGUUCUGGUCUACAUGCUUGCUCAGGAGGGUGAAAACAAGCACCAUCUCUGGAACGUCGUUUGUUCCACUGGACUCUCUUCACCAUCUGUUUUCCCAGAGUAUUUCUUCAUGAGAUGGAAAUUCUGACCCUCAGUGAAGCUAUGCCAAAUUGGGAGUCAUCGUUUUCAGUAACAUAUGGUCGUGACUUUUAAAGAGCACUGGGAGCUGCACUUUGUGAUGCAUUAACUUGUAACCUCAGGAAAGGACAAAAAUAACAGUUUUGGGCUGAAUACCAAACACUGCUUUGUAUAUGUUAAGAAUAUUGAUAAAAUACAAAUCUCUGCAUAUCAGUGAUGUAAUUAGGAAAUGGGUCCCUGAGAACACAUUCACAAUGCCCUAAAUAGGAAGCCAUUUGGUAACAUAAGACUUAAAUUUAAUCCUUUUCUAAGUUUGUUGUGCCUGCUUGCCAAAUGUUACUUUGAAAAGGUUAUUUCAGUACCUGUGAAUAAGGUCCAUUGAUAGCAAUUGUAGUUGCCCAAUUAAUGAUGUUGUAUACUAACGCUGUAUAGUUUGUGCUAUUGUUGUAAAUGACAAUGUAAAAAAUGAUAGGAGCACUUCAUUAGAAAUGCAGUUUGAAAAAUAUUCUCCCUUCCUUUGAUUUCCUUCUUGUUUGUGUUAAGAUGUGUGAUGUUGAUUGUCAUGCUAAACUGUUUUUAAACAUCCUUGAUUUAGUGUCAUCUAUGUAUAGGUAUCUUUUAACCUGAUUAUAAUACUGCACUAUGUAAAUACUGCUUUUUCUGGUUUUGAAAAUACAGCUAUAAACUGAAAUUUCUUAAUUAUGUACUGUUACCUAUUUUUGAAAAUGAAAGCGUUUAAUGAACCAGUAAAUGCAGAAAUGUAAGGAGAAAUUUUCCUCUACAGCUACAGUUCUUGAACCUGUACUCAGUGUUGAACAGUUAGGCGUGGAGUAUUGCUAAAAGGGCAGUUACUCAUGCUAUGGUUUCCUCAAAACAAACAAACAAGUUCUUUGGUUUGAGUCUGUGAGUAAUUUUCACUUACAACCUGCUCUGUUUAGAACAGUAUUUUUAGAUGUACUAGAAUUGAACAACUCAACUUGGGUUUAAUGAAAAUGUACAGUUUUCCUAGAAGGAUGCUUUAUUCAGGAAGCUGCUUUCCUGAGACACCUGUUCUCUGAUGCAUUUCAUUUAGGUGUAGAUGGAUUCAAAGAUUAAAACGCUGACUUUUCUAGCUGAUUAGUUUGCGGUUGAGCAGUAAGCUGUGUUGUUUGCAUGUUUUGUUGUUUUUCCUCUCAGCCAGGAGAGAAAAGUUCAGAUGUCUUCUAGUAUAAUCUAGACUUUCAUCAUGCAUGGUAACAGGUUGGCAACACCAAAGCAGGGCCACCUGCUUAACCAUGCACAGGAAGAGGGGAUUAGGUGUCUCCAAAGUCACACCUAGAACAAAAUUCAAGAAUUGUCUAGUAUCUCACUCCACUAAACAGAUAAAUGUUUUAUGUUUCACUCUUAAAAAAAGAAACUAGAGUGAAUGUUUUCCUUCUCCAUUUUGCUAUCCACUACUUCCUGCUGAAACUUACUGAGACGUCCUUCUCUUCUUAGCAGUAUGAUCUUAACUGAGAAGAAAGGUGAUCUUGCCUUAGGGCCUGACUUUAAGGAGGCUCUAUAUAGUAUAUAGAAAGCUUGAGUAUUGUGUUGCAGUGUAGCCCAUGGCCGCCUGCUUUUGGGCAGCCACUGCAUCCCUUCAUCUCUCAGUUGUCAAGCAUACAAUGCUGCCUGAUAAUCAUUUGGCUUAGCUGUAGGCUCCCCUCUUAGCACUGCCUAAAAAGGCCUAACUUGUGGCAUCUCUUCCAUUUGUACUGCUAGACAGUUAAUUUUACAGCAUGAGUCUCAUGUACAUUUUGUUGAUUAAGCUCUGUGCUUUCCAGGCUGUAGCAGCAAGAACCUACAAUUGUCCUUGUUUGUUUUUUAAUUAAUUACCCAUGCAAUUCUCAUCAAAGGCUGCUCAUUUCAUGGAUAUCUUUAAUGCAAAUGAUGCUGAUAUGGGCCUUUAUGAUAAUUCAUUCAAGCUUUAUUAAUGAAGUUUUUACCACUGCAAGACUCAGAGGCUGCUGACGCAGGACCUGGAGGGGUACUGGAGGUGCACCUUGACAGGCUCACAGAGGAAGCCUGAUGGUCACCUGUGCUUGAGAGCAGGGGCACCGCUGGCUGCUCCAGCUUCUUCCUCAAAUAGCUGAACUCACUACCCUAUCUUAGAUGAGUGCUCAACUUAUUCUGUGUCUGUUUUAUUUGAGGGACAAGAGAAAGCAGUCUCACUUGUGCUUUCAGUUUCCCUCCCAAGCAAGCCACAGGGGUGUGCUGGAGCUGCGCCUUGUAGAGGGUAGGUAGAGCUGUGAACUUAACCUCCAGAGAGACCACAGAGAAGUUUUGGGGGGGGAUGACAGCAGGAGGAAACAAGGGAUUGUGCAUUUUCUGGGUUUGCUAAACCAAGACGUUUGGGAUGUUCAGCUUGCAAUUCCAGAUGCUGAAACUUGUUUGAUUAAAAAAAAAAAAAA